AUGACAUAUUCACAACCCUCUAUAUACGCGUUGGCUCUUGCCACCACGAUACCGGGGCUUGCGCUGGCCAUGCCUUCGCUCACGACCACUGUCAAGGACACAUCCCCUCUUCUUAUUUAUACCGGGAACUGGAGACCUGGUAAUUCAGCCACCGACCCUCUCGCUAGUCGUUAUCUGGAAAGCAGCUUUACCUUCACGCAAGGUGUCGGCCAAUCCAUGAUUUUUCAAUUCUACGGCUCCUUCGUUGAGGUAGUUGGCGCGAAGCGUCACAACCAUGGAGACUACACUAUCCAGGUGGACAACCAGACGUUCACAGGAAACGGCUUCUCAGACAGCGAGAUAUUCAACACAACAUUAUACAGUCAAACCUUAGACCUCGGACAGCACACCUUGGUAGCCACGAACGUUGGGGGGAAUGGGGGCCAAUUCUUUGAUAUUGACUAUGUGACCUUCCGUUCGGACAUCGGAGAGACUGACGAACCAUUAAUUGUGAAUACUUUCCAAGACUACCAUCCUUCUUUCAAUUUCUCUCCGCCUUCCUCAUGGAGAGAUCAACUAAAUCCUUUCCCUGGGAUGUCAGGCCGUUCUACGUCAGACAUGGCUGCCUCCGCGAGGCUUUCUUUUCAGGGUGCGUCGCCUACCGAAAGUUUCCCAACCGUAUCUGAUGAAAUAGGACAGGAGAUACUGUCGCAUUGUAUGGCCCGACCACGACAAAUCUUAUUUUUUGCGGCCAACCUAGGUUCCGGCUUACAUUCCCUUGUAAUCAAACCAGAACAGGCUGACGGAAUAUUGGGAAUCGACUCUGCCAAUGUUUAUACAACCCCAUCUCUCGGAGGGAGCUUUUCUCCUGGCCCCGUUGCUGGGCCCGACGCAACGAGCGCGAGCGUUCCUGGUGCUAAUACCCUGCCCCAGGACCUCUCAUUCAGCCGGAUUCCACGAGGAGCGAUUGCUGGACUCUGCUUUACUACGUUGAUAGCUUUCUUCUCCACCGCUGGCUUUUUGUACCUCCUGUGGACUCAGCGCAGACAGCGAUGUCGCGAGGCUGCUAUUCUCAAGCGCAACACGGAGCCAUAUCCCUUCACCUCAAACCCGCCAACAGUGGGCUACACGGUCACACGGGUACCUUCCCACCCUCCCGUUGUACAGAGGUCAUCAGAAUCAGGAAACCGCCCAUCGAAUUCUUCCGGCCAUCCUUCGGGAGGAUUUGAUCCAGCACUCCUGACAUCUCGACGACCAAGAGAGAUACCUCGACCGCCGUCAAGUUCCAUCGAAGGAGGGUUAGCGCUGCCACCCGUCGAGGCCCCGCCAUUUAACGCUGUCCCACCCGCCACCAGCACCCAACCCAGAAAGAUCACCCUGCGGCUGCAUAGCUCGAUGCAAGUCGACGAGGAGUCGGAGAUUGGCGUCGCUGACCCGCGCCCCACAUCUACGACAACUCAGCCAAGGCGAAGUGCAAGACAGUCGCUUGAUCUGACACGUUAG